AUGCUUUCCAAUUUCUUUGUGUACUGUUGUUCUAAUAUGUUGCUACGAAUGGCGAGACUCACUGACCAUGCCGACUACGAUGCCGGCGAAACGUCUAAGAAUGUACCACUUCCGCGGUCCUACUCUGGAAAUGAUGAUGCAUACAAUCGACUCCGGACAAGAUCCACCGUUUCAGCACCAAGACGGAUUGAGGACAAUUUUACUACUUUGGUUGUAGCAGUUGAUGUCUUCAAAGCAGAACCACCUGAAUUGGCCUGA